UCACGUAACAUAUCUUAACGGCUAGUUAGACGAAUAUUGCUUCAGGUUAGGUUAGGUUCAGUUGUAUUGGAGUUCACGAAAAUGGCUAGUAAGGCUGCGACUACUUUUCGGCAAGUGAAGCCUAUUUUAUCUGUUAAUAGAGAAGACGCACGUCGAAGAGUACUUAAGCUGUACAAAGCAUGGAUUCGUCAAGUACCACAAGCAUUAUUGUUAUAUGAUAUUCCCAAAAAGGAAGCAGACUGCAAAAAAAAGAUACGUGAAGAAUUUAAACGUCAUGCUCAUGUAACUGAUGUAAGGAUUAUAGACCAGCUUGUUAUAAGGGGUCAAAUGGAGUUGCAAGAAGUCGCUAACAUAUGGAAACCUAAGGGACAAUUAAUGACUUAUUGGCAGGAAACUAUGGAAAAGAAGCCAACUGAUUUCAUGUCGAAAUUCCUCGCAGGUCAUGAAUAAUUUUCUCUAGUUUUGUUAGUAUUUGAAGGUUAUUUUUGUCUGUAUCUUAGAAAUAUAAUAAAUUGUAUGUACAUAAUAUAUACAAGGCUUGAA